AUGGCAAUGCGGGGUGGUGCUAGAUGGUGUGAAAAGGUGCGAGACAAGGCGGGGAAGAUGCGAAAGGGCGGAGAGAGUAAGAACCUGUACAUUCAGCAACCGUCAUUAGAGCGAAAUUCAGCCCUGUCUGAAAUCAUCAUUCGUAGAGCUUGGAUGAUUCAAUCCUCCUCCCGCCUAACCGUGAAACGCGCUCAUCAACUCAAGAAGCUUCUUCUCGACGUGCCUCUCCCAACCAGCUCGGGCCCCGGUUACACACUGUUUUUCAUUGUAAAGGCGCCCGUCGCACCUGGGUAUGCAUCAUCAGAGAAUUCCAACUCUCUCGCGGUCGUUGGUGCUACCUCCACAGUCACUAUGCUGCAAAGUUCGCAUUAUAUUAACGCAUCAACAAGAAAGUUGCGGGGCAGGAAUGGCACAACAGACAGUCAUGCUUUCGACGUUCACGCCACGUAUGCUUCUCCAUACGUGCGAUUUCCUGCAUGCGUAUAUUGGUGA